AUGGUGUACCCAUAUAUGACAAUAUGGUUAUUUCAAAAACAUUGCAAUUGUGCCUCCGCCAAACUGUUCUGUUGCCACACUGGCUGGAAAAUAACCCUCGAAGGCAGCUGCUUCACUCACGCUGCAGCGUCCAGAUCUGCUCCUAUGGAAGGAGAGGCCCUAGCUAUUGCUGGCGCACUAGACAAAGCUCGUUUCUUCGUCUUGGGCGGUGGGAAAUUAAUUGUCGCUGUUUAUCAUAAAUGCCUGGAAUACAGCUCUAACGUACGGUUACGCAAAACCCUUCGCUACCGCUUUCAAAUGGUCCAUAUCCCCGGUAUCAAGCAUAAGGCUGCAGACGCAAUGUCACGACACCCAACCGGACCCCAUAACCCUGAAGCCCUUCCCAUCCCAGAUGAUAUUACUGCCAUGAACGAAUCAUGCAACACAAUACUCCCUCCCUUCAUACCCUUUGGACACCUUUUCCUUGCUGGCAUACGUUCUAAAACACCCCACUCUAUUAUCACCCCCAGACCUUGA